AAAGUGACAAAAUGGCGAAUGAAGCAAGUAAAUUGCUCCUUUCUACACAACAAGAAAAACCAAAUCAUUACACGUACUUAAAGGAAUUUCGGGUCGAACAGUGUCAGUCUUUUCUGCAACACAAAUGUAACCAACAUAGACCAUUUGUAUGCUUCAAUUGGCAUUUCCAAAACCAACGCCGCCGUCGCCCUGUCCGCAAACGAGAUGGUACUUUCAAUUAUAGUGCAGAUAAUUAUUGCACCAAAUACGAUGAAACUACAGGCAUAUGCCCCGAUGGUGACGACUGUCCAUUUCUUCAUCGCACCGCGGGUGAUACUGAAAGACGCUACCAUUUGCGUUACUACAAAACCUGUAUGUGUGUACAUGACACCGAUAGUCGUGGUUAUUGUGUCAAAAAUGGGCAUCAUUGUGCCUUUGCGCAUGGCAUACAGGAUCAACGUCCACCGGUAUAUGAUAUUAAGGAAUUGGAAUCCUUACAAAAUGCAGAGCUGGCUCUCGACGGUACAAACGCACAAAAUGCGCUGGAUAAAGAACGCAAUCUUAUGAAUGAGGAUCCCAAAUGGCAGGAUACUAAUUAUGUUUUGACGAAUUACAAGACGGAACCAUGCAAACGUCCACCGCGACUUUGCCGCCAAGGCUACGCUUGUCCACAGUAUCACAAUAGUAAGGACAAACGACGAAGUCCACGCAAAUUUAAGUACAGAUCCACACCAUGUCCCAAUGUAAAGCAUGGUGAGGAAUGGGGUGAGCCUGGUAAUUGUGAGGCUGGCGACAAUUGUCAAUAUUGUCACACACGUACCGAACAACAAUUUCAUCCGGAAAUUUACAAGUCAACUAAAUGUAAUGAUGUACAACAAGCUGGCUACUGUCCACGUAGCGUCUUUUGUGCUUUUGCACAUGUGGAACCUUGCCCAAUGGAUGAAUUGCGUGAGAAUGCACUCUCUGCCAGUUUGGCCAACUCAAGUUUAUUAUCACGUUCCUCGGCGCCAAUUAACAUUCCUAAUUCUACACUAAACAACUCCAUGAACGGUGAGUAUUACAAUUCUGCCGGAUUUUCCGUCAACAUUCCAAGCAACUCGCUAACAUACAGCCCAACCAGUCAUAGCAACCUAUUUAGCGUAUCAGAUGCAUUUAACUAUAGCGGUUCCAAUACAAAUAAACUAAGUAAUUCACUCUCAGCGGCCACGCAAAAUGACAGUAGCAGCUUGUUUUUCCCAUCUCGCAUCAUAUCUCCAGGUUUUGCUGAUGGUUUAUCAAUAAGUCCCUCCGUUAGAAUUUCCGAACUAAACUCAAUACGUGAUGACAUCAACAGCAGUUCUGUUGGGAAUAUGUUGUUCGAUAACACUUUGUCAACCACUAAAAAUGCAUUCUCACUGCAAUCACUACAAAAUCAAAAUAACUCUGAUGUUAAUCGCUUAUCAACAGAAUUAAUGACGAAAAAUUCACAAAUUGUAAAGCUAACGAAUCGAAUUGAUGAGACAGCUAGAAAGUUAAAUUUAACGGAAUUGCAACGUGACAAAGCCAAGCAGGAGGCUAUCGAGUGGAAAGAUCGUUAUGAUUUAGCGCAAACGCAGCUUCAUUUGUCUACCGAGCUGCGCAAUUUAUCGAUACAAAAGCUAAAACAACUGCAGUCGAAAUUACGCACAGAUUUAGAGGAGGUAGAGAAGGUUUUGUACUUGGAGAACGCCAAGAAAUGCAUGAAAUGUGAGGAGAACAAUCGUACUGUCACCUUAGAGCCAUGUAAUCAUUUCAUACUAUGUGAUUCUUGCGCCUGUUCAGUGACGGAAUGUCCCUACUGUCAGGUGUCCGUAGUCACAACACACACUUAAGUAAAACAAAAACAAAUUAAAUACGAUCGCAUAAGAAAAGGGCGUAGAGCAUUAGUAUAAAGAAAUGUUUAGGUAUAUUUGCUCCAAUCAAAUUAUUUAUUAAAAA